AUGUAAAAGAGAUAGUCUCAUAACAAAAUACCAUCAGAAGUUGUAUAAUCUAAUAACUAUUACAUUAUGCCAAAAUCACUUCGGUAUUUAAUUGUUCUAAUAAAUUAAAGAUCAUCAUAGACUUCUGCUGAUAAUUUAGAGAUCAAAAAGGUUUAAUCCACAACUAAUGUUGAUUAAUUUGAACCACUCUAUAAUCCUGAAAAACUAUUAAUGAAUACACAUUAAUAAAAUAAAGUUUAUUAAUCCAAUUAGGAAUUACAAUAAGCAUUACACUAUUCUUAAUAAAACAAUCAAUAUCUAUCUCGUUAUCAUUAAUAAUUACUAUAGAAUAAUGUGGAUCUCUAAAGUCUUUAUAAUAAAUCAGAAAUGGAAAAUAAAAAAUUAUUAAAUGAAUUUAAAUUAUUGUAAAAUAGAAUUUCACUAAGAGAAAACGAAUUAAAGUAAGCUUAAGAGAAUGGAGUUGAAUAUAUUAAGGAUAUAGCAUAAUUAAAGAUUUAGAUAUAAAAAGUAUUUUAAUUGUGUUUAUAAAAAGCUUAAUUCUACAUUGACUAAAUUAACUGAAGAAAAUGAAUAAUUUAAAGAAUAAUUAAAUGUAACAGGAACUUAGACUUUAUUAUUAGAAAAAGGAUUAUCUAGUAGAAGAGAUCUUAAUUAAUAAAAUGAGUUUAAUUUUAGUGGAUCAAGAUAAUCUGAAAAUUCUCGAUAAUAAUAAUCUUAAAAAGAUUCAAAUAUAUAAAUUAAUUCUAUAAUAACUCAUGAUAAUAUUUCAAACUAUUAAAAUUAAAUACUACAAUAUUAAAAAGAAUUAACUGAAAAAAAUCUAUUAAUAGCCAGUUUACAAUAAUAAGUUAAAAAUUUAACUGAGUUUUAAAGACAGUUAAUGACUAAAUCACCUAAAAAAUUAUAAAAUAAAGGAAUAAAAAGUUAAAUUUAAUCAAGUCCUUAAUAAACACCUAUAUAAACAUUACGAAAUAAUAAUGAUAGUUAAAUAAUGAGUAAUAAAAAUCUUUUACAAUUAAUUGAUGAAUAAUAAAAACCUAAUUUUUAACUACAUAGAACAAGAUAAUCAGAUGAAUUUGAUGUAAAAUAAACAUUUAUCAUAAUCAGGUUGCACCAAGUAUCAAAUCAUCAAUAACGAAUUCAAAGAGUAAAUAAGAAUUGUAAUAGAUUUAUAAGAAAAUUAAUUAAUCGACCAUAUAUACUGCAGGUUUAUAUUCAAGUUUGUUAGAUUAUUAAUAUCUAUCUAAUGUAAUUAUAUUAAUUUAUAUUAUUAGAUUAAAUUAUUGAAUUCUUCAUGUACAAAAGAUACAUUAUAACAUUGA